AAUUUCACAAUCUUAUCGUUAGACUAAAACAGAGAAUCAAACAAUGGCUUUUUUCUCCGCCAUGAUCUCUCUUCUACUCCUUGUUCUUUCUGUUUCCUCAACUUCUAUUCCUAGUGUACAAUUGUCUACUCCAACACCACCAGCAAAUCCUAUUGCACAGUUGUCUACUCCAACACCACCAGCAAAUCCCAUUGCACAAUUGUCUACUCCAACUCCACCUGCAAAUCCUAUUGCACAAUUGUCUACUCCAACUCCACCUGCAAAUCCUGUUACACAAUUGUCUACUCCAACUCCACCGGCUAAUCCUAUUGCUCAAUUGUCUACUCCAACUCCACCAGCAAUUCCUAUUGCACAAUUGUCUACUCCAACUCCACCUGCAAAUCCUAUUAGGCAAUUGUCCACUCCAACUCCACCGGCAAAUCCUAUUGCACAAUUGUCUACUCCAACUCCACCGGCUAAUCCUAUUGCACAAUUGUCUACUCCAACUCCUCCAGCAAUUCCUAUUGCACGAUUAUCUACUCCAACUCCCCCCGCAAAUCCUAUUGCACAAUUGUCUACUCCAACUCCACCUGCAAAUCCAAUUGCACAAUUGUCUACUCCAACUCCACCUGCAAAUCCUAUUGCACAAUUGUCUACUCCAACUCCACCUGCAAAUCCUAUUGCACAAUUGUCUACUCCAACUCCACCUGCAAAUCCUAUUGCACAAUUGUCUACUCCAACUCCACCUGCAAAUCCCAUUGCACAAGUUCUUGCUGCGGGACAACGAUCAGGACCAACCUCUGCUCCAGCUCCAAGCCCUUCUCAAUCGAGCCACGGCUCUUCGUUGAUCCCAAUCUCUUGCUUGACAUUUGUGAUCAGUGGCGCAUUGACCAUAUUGUUCUCUCAUAUGUAAAACCCCAUCGAUCGAGAUCCCAUUACCUGAAUAAUUAAGGACCUUAUCGUAUUUUUAGUUGUGGUGUAUCCCUAAUUCCCUUUAAUUACCUGAAUAAAGACCUUUAUUCCGUAUUAUUAUGUUUCAAUGAAGACUUGGCUUUAUAUAAUAAGAUGAUUUCUUUGGUGAUUUUUUAUUA